GCCGUCAGUCACCUCGGUGUCCUUUCUGUGGCCCAAAGCCUCACUGGAUGGGUUUCACCCGUGUCUUCUAGGUCUGCGUCUGCGUUGCCAGGUAGGUGGAUGUAAGAGGCCCAAUCCUGGUUCUCUGGAGGCCAUUCCAUCGCCGCCAGCACCAUGCUGUCCCCUCAGAGAGCUUUACUCUGCAACCUCAACCACAUCCACCUCCAGCACGUCUCCCUAGGCCUGCACUUGUCCCGCCGUCCAGAGCUACGGGAGGGGCCUCUGAGCACGCCACCUCCCCCGGGAGACACCGGCGGCAAGGAGAGCAGGGGGCCCUGCAGCGGGGUCCUGGUGGAUGCCAACUCCAAUAGUCCAGCUGUGCCCUGCCGGUGCUGCCAGGAUCACGGGCAAAGCCUAGAAAACCGGCAGGACCCUUCGCAGGAGGAAGAAGGGGCUGCUUCUCCCUCCGACCCGGGCUGCUCCUCCUCUCUCAGUUCCUGUUCAGAUCUUAGCCCCGAUGAGUCCCCCAUCUCAGUCUACUCUCGGGAGCUGCCUGGCGAUGACAUCCACCCUGAGCCCAGCAUCGUCCCUGUGGAGCAGGGCUCCUCACUGGCCUCAGCAGGCCCUGGUACUUGCUCCCCGGACAGCUUCUGCUGUUCUCCUGAUUCUUGCUCCGGAGCUUCCUCUCCGCCUGGCCCUGGCUUGGACUCGAACUGCAACGCCCUGACCACCUGCCAGGACCUUCCUUCCCCAAGCCUGGAGGAAGAGGAAGAGAGUGGGGAGCAGGAUCUCCCUACCUCCGAGCUCUUCGAGACAGAGGACGGGAAAAUCGAUGCUGGGAAAACAGAGCCCAGCUGGAAAAUAAACCCCAUUUGGAAAAUUGACACAGGAAAAACAGAAGGUGGGUGGAAAGUCUCUGAGAACAAUAACUCUGAUCGGAAAAUCAACGGAAAUACUAACUCUAGCAGGAAAAUCGAACCCGGGAAAUUCGACUCCUGUUGGAACACCAACACAGGAAAAACUGAUUCUGGCCCGAAAAUAGAUGCAGGGAAAAUCGAUGGGGAAUGGAGAAGUGACGUCAGCGAGGAGCCGGUGCCCCACCGGACAAUCACGUCUUUCCAUGAACUGGCUCAGAAGCGCAAGCGGGGCCCGGGGUUACCCCUAGUGCCACAGGCGAAGAAAGAUCGGAGCGACUGGCUUAUAGUCUUCUCUCCAGACACCGAGCUUCCCCCAACCGGGACGCUGGGCGGGUCCUUAGCAGCUCCCCGGGAAGUCACCACCUUCAAGGAACUCAGGUCUCGCAGCCGGGCCCCGCCCCCGCCAGUCCCGCCUCGAGACCCUCCCGCUGGCUGGGCCUUGGUCCCGCCCCGCCCCCCGCCCCCGCCCGUGCCUCCCCGGAGGAAGAAGAACCGACUUGGGCUGCAGCCCAUCGCGGAGACGCCUCCCGAGGAGGGCAGGGCAGUCAGCCCCGCGGCUGGCGAGGAGGCCCCAGCCGCCAAGGAGCCCGAGGAGGCCGUCAAUCAAGCCCGCAGCGAGGCGGGUCCCCUCUUCCUCCCUCGGCCCCCGGUUUUCCGGUUCUCGGCCGACGGGCGCCCCCUGUUGGAGGGUGGAGGCGCGGGCGCAGCUGGGUCCCUGCUACUGGCGCGGCUGGCCGGGUGGCCCAGCACUGGGCUGCGCCUAUUGGGGGCGCCGAGUCCCCAAGAGGAGCAGUUGCUGCCUGUCCGCCUGUCCCCAGUGGGAGCCUAUUCGCCUCCUACUCGGGGGGCCCUGCCCUGCCUGGCCAGCCCCGAGCUGGCACUGCUGCUGUCCCCGCUCUUUCCCAGAAGUAGCACCUUUCCCGCCGCGACUUCCCCACCCCGCCAGGUGCCCGCCCCCCCGCUGCCACCACCACCUCGUCCGCCGAAGGCCACUCGCUGGACCAGGAGCCCACCGUCUGCGCCCAGGCUACUUCGUAGUUCCUGGUCUUUCUCUGGUGUUCCCGGGGCCCAGCGGCUGUGGAUGGCAGAAGCCCAGAGUGGGACUGGCCAGCUGCAGGAGCAGAAAAAAGGUCUCCUGAUAGCCGUCAGUGCUUCCGUGGAUAAAAUCAUCUCGCACUUCGGAGCUGCCCGGAACUUGGUUCAGAAGGCCCAGUUGGGGGAUAGCCGGCUGAGCCCUGAUGUGGGGCACUUAGUGCUGACCACCCUCUGCCCUGCUCUCCAUGCCCUGGUGGCAGAUGGGUUGAAGCCUUUCCGGAAAGAUCUUAUCACUGGACAGCGUCGGAGCAGCCCCUGGAGCGUGGUGGAGGCAUCCGUGAAGCCAGGCUCCAGCAGCCCUUCCCUGGGAUCACUGUAUAGCCAGGUCAGCCGCCUGGCCCAGCUGAGCAGCAGCCGCAGUCGCUUCCAUGCCUUCAUCCUUGGCCUCCUCAACACCAAGCAGUUGGAGCUGUGGUUUUCCAGUCUCCAGGAAGAUGCAGGCUUGCUGUCCCUCCUGUAUCUGCCCACGGGAUUCCUCUCCUUGGCAAGGGGAGGCUGCCCAUCCUUGUCAACAGAGUUGUUACUCCUGCUGCAGCCCUUGUCGGUGCUCACCUUCCAUCUGGACCUGCUCUUUGAGCAUCACCACCACCUGCCCCUGGGCCCAUCCCAGGCCCCUGCCCCUCCAUGCCCACCUCCAGCCCUGCAGCAGACUGUGCAGGCAAUGUUGCACUGGGGGGGCCGGCUGGCCCAGAGUUUCCGAGGGUCUGCUGGGGAGGCUGCUCCUGACCCUUCAGCUGCCUCAAAUGCUCCCACAUCAGGCAGCUGGUGGGAACAGUUGACACAGGCCUCUCGGGUCUAUGCCUCAGGGGGGACUCAGGGCUUCCCUCUUCCCCGGUGGGGGGGACCCAGGAAUCAUGAAACUGUAGCUGAGAGUACACAGGAGAGACCUCUGCCAGCAGAGCAAGCAGCACCAGGAAGAGGCGUGUGGCUGGGGAGACUCUUUGGCGUACCUGGAGGCCUCACGGAAGCUGAGAAUGGAGCCUUUAAAUCCAGGAGACCAUCUAGCUGGCUGCCCCCAACAGUGAGUGUGUUGGCUCUGGUGAAGCGAGGGACACCUCCUGAAACUCCUCCUGAAGAGCUUGUGGCCUCAACAGCUAGCACAGUUCAGGCCCAUAGGGCGGUUCGGGCUCUCUGUGACCACACUGCUGCAGGACCUGGCCAGCUGAGUUUCCGGCGUGGGGAAGUGAUGCGUGUGAUCACAACAGUGGAUGAAGACUGGCUCCGCUGCGGGCGGGAUGGUGUGGAAGGGCUGGUGCCAGUGGGAUACACCUCCCUUGUUCUCUAGGCCCAGGAUCAUUUUCUUUCCUGUGUGUUCCCCUUCUGUUAGCUGGGACUGGAACGGCCCAUGAACACAUAAUAUGUAAUUUAACCAUCCCAGAAGCAUUUUUUUCCUGUCUGCAAAAUGGUAUUUCUUCCCACAUUUACUUCUAAUAUUUAAAUUUUCCUUCUUCCCUUCACACUGACCUGUUAAGGUCAGAUUUGCUCUCCCAGAUAUAUAUAAAGGAAUCCCCUCUAUGCACCCUUUUCCUUUUUCCAUCUGUGUAUCUGCGAACUAGGAUCUAGCCCUCCUCAAUCUUCUUCAUCCCUAAAGUGGCCUGUGCCAGUGCAGUAUAUGCCUUGGCCCCCAAGCCUAGAAGGGCCUGUAGUCUCCUUUCUCUGUAGGGACUCCUUUCCCAUUCUGCUCAUCCUUUGUUGCCUGUAUUUAUGAUGUACUCAUGCUGUGCUAGGUGCUGAAUUCUUUAAACCUCAACACCCCUGGAAGGUGGGCCUAUGGUGUUGGUCUGCCUCUCUCCUCUGUCCCAAUAAAGUAUGGGAGUUGAA